AUGAUAGCUGUUUCAAACGAAGAAGAAGUGGUAAUGCGACUAGUGUCGAGAAUUCUCCAAGAUUUAGCUCUGAACUUCUUGAAAAUCAAGGCACCGUUACUAAAGCAAAAAAAGUUACCGGAUGCUGAAUUGUCCAAACGGUGCGAAACUAGCACUAGUAUGCGAGUCCCGAAGGCAAAUGUAGUCUUCAGCGAUGAGAAGAAGUUCAACCUCGAUGGCUCUGACGGUAGUAGGCAUUAUUGGCAUGAUCUCCGCAGAAAUCCCAUAUGCUGUUCUCGUCGCAACUUCGGUGGAAGAUCCGUGAUGGUGCAGGGAGACGAGAGUCAGCAUUUUGACAGUUGCUAUUCUUCGCCCUUUAUCGAGGACAAAAAGCGGGUGUCACAAGCGACUCCACUGCGCGAAAAUGAUUUGCAAAGUUCAAAAACGGCUACUUUUUUCUUCGACGACACGCCUUGCUGCGGACGACAUUCAGAAUUCGAUAGAGAGCGUCUCGGAGCUCUCCUGAAGGAGGACGGCGGCCAAACAAGUCGAUUUGCCGAAAAAUUGGGAGCUUGGUUAGCUCACAAGCUUACAAAAGCAAACAGAGAUGUUCGCCUUCAAAUUUCUCCGCAAAAUCUCGCCAGACAUCGAGCAACAUGCGCUCGUUUCUUGUAUAGAAUCGUCAUUGGAGAAGCGAACUGGUGUCUUCUCAACAUCAAUAUGAAACACAAAAAGGAGUGGAUGGAAGGAGAUGGUGAAAGAUACGCCGAAAGUGCUCAUUUCUGCCUCACGGAUAUUCCAUUUCUGAGCCUCUAA